AUUAUUUCUCUUGUGUUCUUCUGAUUUUACAUAUUCAAACAUUGAUUUUAUAAGCUGGAAAUGAUGUUUUAUUGGUGAUCAUUUUUUCGAUGAAAAAUAUGCAUUAAAAAAAAUGAACAUUUUGUAGCAAAGGUGAGGAGGGUGAGAGUUGGAUAGAGAUAGAGAUGGCUCAGGCUAAGAAUCCAAGAGUUAUGCCAAACUGUGUUUAUGCUUCUAAUCCAUACCAUGAAUGCACUGAAAAUUGUUUGCAUAAGAUCAAUGAAUUCAAUUCCAAUAAGCCACCUAAGAAUAAAAAGGGUUCUGGUUUUCGCAGAAGUGUAACAGACGUUGACAUAGGAAAAAAGACGAACGAAGAAAAGCGCACACACUCAGGCUGUCCUAAAGCAUCUAAUCCUUACCAUACAUGUGAUGUCAAUUGCCAGAAAAGAAUGUCAGGAGCUGAUUCAGGUGCCAUUUCGUUAAACUUUGACAGGAAAAAGAGGCUAGGUUCUAAGCCUGAACUCCCAGUUCUUGACAAUGUACCGAAAUCGAAAAUUGGUGCUAUUUAUCUCACUGAUGCUGCAUCACCAAUAUCAAAAUAUUAUGAAACUAAAAAGCUGGAGCCAAAAAACAAUGAGAUUGUACCAGCUUCUGGUGCACUACAUACCCUAGAUGUCAAGCCUGUCAGUGAGAAAGUCCAACCAAAGGAUAAUUUUGAGAAUCUAGACAGUGUGAUACUAACAAAACAAGGAGGGGAUAAAAACUCGUCGACGAAAGUUGUUCCAAUAUCCUCUGUUGAUGACAUUGGAGAUGGUCUAACUUCAUCAGCUGGUGGAUCCAAGCACUUUUGUUACUCUGAUGUUCUUCAUGAUGAUGAUGAUGAUGUUGACAGUGGAGAGGAGAGUGAUUCUGUGGUUUCUGAGUCACGUGUUCCGGUUGGAAGAUACCAUGUGAAAGAAAGCUUUGCUACUAUCCUGCGAUCCAUCUUCGAUAAGUAUGGCGAUAUAGGAGAAAGCUGCCAUUUGGAAUCGGUUGUAAUGCGUUCGUAUUACAUCGAGUGUGUGUGCUUCGUUAUCCAAGAGUUGCAAUCAACCUCGAUUAUGCACUUAAGUAAGUCCAAGGUCAAGGAAUUGUUGGCUAUUCUUAAUGAUGUAGAGUCUGCUCAACUUCGCGUGGCGUGGUUACGUAGCAUAGUUAAUGAAAUUGCUGAAAACAUCGAACUCAUCAAUGAGCACCGAUCUGUGGAGGAGGCAAAGGCUAACUCUGAGAGUGAAAUGGAAUCACUGAGAAAAGAGCUAGAAUCAAAAAUGGAAAAUUUGGCUGAAAAAGAAAAAGAGGCAACAGAUAUUAAAACAAAAAUCGAAGGGAUCAAAGAGCGUCUCGGUGAGCUUGAGGUGAAGUCGUCUGAUUUGGAGAAGAACAUGUUAUCUAUCAAGUCCAAGGUUGAUAAUUUGAAUAGCAGAUCAUUGCUAGAUGAACUACUUUAAUAAAUAAUAAUGUAAACUGGUGAUGGUGAUCAUGGUAAUGGUAUUAGUAUUUUGGCAACUAUGCUAUAUUUACAAGCUAGGUAAUGCUAUGAUGAUUACAUAAUACUUCAAUUUUUUUGGUUAAAGAUGAUUAUCCCAACAACUUUGGGUUGUAUGAAUUAUGAAGACCUUGUUGAGGUCAUGAUAAAAUUUUAGUUUAUCUGGAUAAAAGACACUUUUGUUUAA